GGUCUCUUCAGCUUUUUGUUUUGUCUUGCACAUGCAGCGUGUCAGCAUUGGAUGGACUAAUGGAUAUGAGGGGCUUCAAGGAAGAGGAGUUGUUUGAAAGGAACAGCGGCAACAGGUCUGUGAGGAUGGAACAAGAAUGAAGGUGACAUGCAGGCUUCGGAACGCCUGACCCCAUCAGAGGAGAGAUGAAGCGCCUGGAUGUCGGUUCACCAUGUGCAGCGUCCACUUUAACCACACCCUUGCUGCCAUGAGCGGAAACGACAUGAUGGCGCACUCUCUGACUCUGGAGCAGAAGACAGCGUUUGCUUUCGUGGGGAUGCUACUGGUGUUCCUGGGGCUGCUGAUUGUGAGGUGUUUCAGGAUCCUGCUGGACCCCUACAGCAGCAUGCCUUCCUCCAACUGGGCUGAUGGCAUCGAGGGGCUGGAGAAAGGGACGUUUGAGUACGCCCUAACCUAACACUAAUACACAUACGCGCAGACACAUGCAAGCUACAGCUCUGCACAACUAAUGUAACCAUUGCACAUGACACAACAUUACUCCAUGACGGACCGCACCCGGAGGCUGAAGCCUGUGUGUUGUUCAGCGUGCAAGCACUUUUAGUUCACAUCCAGUAUGGAGUCUCCCGGCUGUGUGAGAGUAGAUGUUUUUGUGUGUAUCUGAGUGAGUGAGAUGCACAGCUGUUUCAUAUUCUUUUCCCCUCUGCGAGGGGUGUGUGUGUGUGUGUUUCAGCUCAUCGACUUACACAAAAAUGACAAAAUCUCCCUUUAACUGAUACCCACAAUUGGAAUAUCUGUGGAUGAGUACCAGUGGUGGGACUAGGGUGCAAAGUGAGAUUAUUCAGAUGCAUUUUAAAGACUCAGGGACAAGAUACCUUAGAUGGCUGCACCUCUCCACAGCAAGGCUGUUGUGCAGAGGAACGUAUAUGGUUGGAUACAGGGUAUUAUGUCAAGUGCUUGGUGGACUAAUCAAAUCCAUUAUCUUGUUGAUCCAAACUGAUGCUGCUGCUGCUGCUGCUGUGUGUGUGUGUGGUCCUUUCCAUGGCAUCAUGCAAUGAAAUGCAACUUGACCACCUGUGAUUAACAUUAUGAUGUUACUGUUUCUAAAUAAUGCAAACAAAAGUACAAACUGUUUACUAGUGAUAGUGUGUCUGGAAUGAAUACGAUGAUGUGGAUUUAUGGAUUGUCAAUUUUUCCGGCUGUCAAGCAUUCUGCCGAAAUAGUUCGGCCGAUGCAACCAAGCCAAAGAACCUUCAAGGGACACGAGGGUUGAAAACCAGGAAGGACUCACUCGCUCUGCGCUGCUAUUUUUUCUAACGACAGGGACAAACUCUUUCUAUACCUGUAAGAGGAAAAGGUCACAAGGAAACGUGGGUCGGAUAUCUGUCAGCGCUGGACGUGAACAUCUUUUUCCUCCAAAUUCUCUGCCAUCCUCACCCUUUCUCAUUUACUUACCUCUUUCCAGACAGGGGAGGACAAGGCGUUCGUAAAAAAGAGAUCCUGUAUUAAGAUGAAAGUCUUGAGUGUUCUUUUGCUAAACGGUCUACGGUCUCUCCUUAGUGCUGUGAAUCUGCCUUACUGUGACCUUCAAUGGGUUAAUGUGCCUUCAUCUAGAAACAUUAGAGCACCUGUGUGUGUGCGUGUGCAUGUGGGUGUGCGUGCGUGCACGCGUGAGUGUGUGGCAUAUCAUGAGGCCGGGACGUCUCCCGACCUGUUGCUUGCCCCGCUGGUG